AUGGAAACCAGGAAGGAGAUGGUGAUGUUUCUGGAGGGGACUACUCUUGGCGCUCUAGUUGGCAAGAGGGUGCCUAAUUUGUCCGAAGCAGUGGGGAGCCCCGCUGCGGAGCCGCAGGAGAAGAUGGUCCAUCGGAACUGCAUCAGCCCCAGACCUGGCCCCUUGUCGUCCCGGGAGAGAGGAGGAGGAGGAGGAGGUGGCGGAGGAGAAGACGAAGAGGAGGUGGAGGUGCUGCCAGGGACAGGGACGGUGCCGGAGAGCCGCUCGGCGGCGGCAGCACUGCUUUCGGCCGGACAGCAGCCCCCCGCCCCGGAGCUCCCCUCCAGCAAAGGACAGCAGAGCAGCUCGGACACCGAGUCGGAUUUCUAUGAGGAAAUCGAGGUGAGCUGCACCCCGGACUGCGCCACGGGGAGCGCCGAGUACCAGCACAGCAAAGGGCCGUGCUCCGAGGCGAGGGCCGGCAGCCCCAGCGGCGGGGGGGAUCACCCCAAGGGCAGCGGAGGCAGCGGCGGCUCCCAGGGCUCGCUGGCCUGCAGCGCCAGCGACCAGAUGCGCCGCUACCGCACCGCCUUCACCCGCGAGCAGAUCGCCCGGCUGGAGAAGGAGUUUUACCGGGAGAAUUACGUGUCCAGGCCCCGGAGAUGUGAGCUGGCUGCUGCUCUAAAUCUGCCAGAAACCACCAUCAAGGUUUGGUUCCAGAACCGCAGGAUGAAGGACAAGCGGCAGCGCCUGGCCAUGACCUGGCCGCACCCGGCCGACCCGGCGUUUUACACGUACAUGAUGAGCCACGCGGCGGCCACCGGGAACCUGCCGUAUCCAUUCCCGUCCCACCUGCCCCUGCCCUACUACUCCCACAUGGGCAUCGGCGCCACAUCGGCCUCUGCCGCCACCCCCUUCAGUACCCCCCUGAGGCCUCUGGACACCUUCAGGGUCCUCUCGCACCCGUACCCGAGGCCAGAACUGCUGUGCGCCUUCAGGCAUCCCUCUCUCUACCCUGCCCCAGCUCAUGGACUCAGCAGCACCGGGGGCAGCCCCUGCUCCUGCCUGGCGUGCCACAGCGGCCAGUCCAACGGGCUGGCGCAGAGACCCUCCGGAUCAGACUUUACCUGUUCGGCCACAACCAGGACUGACUCCUUUCUCACUUUCACGCCCUCUGUGCUGAGCAAAGCCACCUCAGUUUCCAUGGACCAGAGAGAAGAAGUACCUUUAACGAGAUAAACCUUUGUCUCAGGGUUAUUAAACACUCAUCCCUUUCCCGGACUUCUCUUAGAAUUAAUGUACCUACAGCCCAUGUUUAUUUAAUCGUGCUCUCUCCUCAGUCGUGGACACUCACAGCAGAAAAGAAGAAAAAAAAAAAAAAAAGAAAAAGAAAAAAAAAGAAAAAAAAAAAAGAAAAAAGAAAAAAAGAAAAAGAGAAUGAAAAAAGACUAAAAAUAGCUCAAUCUUAAAAGGAUUUACAUUCCAAGGGGGGGAAAUAAAAAAAGAAGAAGGACAGAAAUUACUAGUGAUUUAUCUCUGAGAAGGAAUUUAGGCACGAAGGAGGACGAAAAUCAACUCGAAUGAAAUCUGCUCCUACCAGCUACCUACAGAAAUGUGCUGGGACUUUCUAUUCCGUGGAUAGACUUCUUCCCAAGGGCUGGGGCUUCUGCGGAUCACAACAAACCUUAUGCACAAACCCACGAGAUGGAGAAGGAAAAUCUGAAAUACUUGAAAGAAACACUGUCUUGAUAACGAAAUGGCUUGUGCGCAUGAAGAAAGCAAAGAUGUAAUCUCUCAGUGUUCAGUAAAUAAAAACAACAAGCAAACAGCAAAAAAUCCAAACCCAACCAAACCCAAAAGGUUUCCGGUUUGCAACUCGGCAGUAUUAUUCAAUUGUCUCUAUGGAAAAUAACAAUGUUUUACCAUAAAGAAAACCUGUCAUUCUGUACAUUACUUUCAUAGUUUAAUUGCAUUCUUUACCCUCCCUUGUCUCGUCCUUCCUUGUGAGCAGAAAUCCAGUAUUUCAUUUCCUCUUUCAUUCCAACUUUUAUUUUUAAGAGGCAGACUGGAACUGGCAGGGGAAAAAUACGAGCUCCUGCCUCUUUAUGGGUCAGAGCUAUUUGUCCUCUAAAUAACAAUGUUCUAUUAUCAGUCGCUGAAAUGUGCACACACUGAAGAAAUUAGCAAGUGAUGUAUAUGUAAAGAGGGUUUUUGAAUAUCGAAUGUACAAUGCUCUGUGAGCAAAGACCCCGUGCCAAACGCUAACAAGCCGCCAAGGGAAGAGAUUAGAGGUGACAGGGAGCACAACUCCUUCAGACAAUCACGUCUGUAAAUUGGAGCAAAGGCGAUUUCCCUUCCUUUGUACUUCAGCCUUCAGUUCUCUCAUUGCCUUUUCCUUGUCGGGUCUUUUUUUUUUUUUUUUUUUUUUUUUUUUUUUUUUUUUAAAUUAUCUUUGAUUUGAUUUUGAAGUAAGUAUUUAAUUUGUUGGGUUUUGUGUUUCUUUCUCCAUCCCUAAUCUUUGCAUAUGUGUGUGUCCUUCACACUGAACACUCUUCCUUCUUGAGGCGUAUUUCUUUCACAAACUCACCCACCCGUCUCCUAUCCAAAAGGUACUUCGGAAGAAGGUAGCAUCAUCGCUUUUGCCUGGAUUGCUGCAACCCUAAAUUUAAAAAACAGGGGUACCGAGCUGGAUAGCAGUUUCUUCCAAAACUGACAUUAUUUAUUUCAUUCUGUUUUAAAAUAGCCCCAAAAAUACACUGCCAUAAUUUGCUACCUUGUCCGAAUAAAACUUAAUAGCAACAAAAAUAACAACACCAAAACCAAUAAUAACGACAGGUUUUAACAAUAUCUCACCCACAUUUUUAUCGUGCUUGUUAAAAAAAAAAAAAAAAAAAAAAAAAAAAAAAAAAAAAAAAGAUAAAGUGUUGCUUAAGAUGAAUUUCACCGUGGAGUUUCUAAUAGUUACAGUUCAACAAGCAGGAAAAUAAAUGCUGGACAGAACAAAGACGUGUUGACACCUCUGUAUCUACUUUGUACUAAAUUGCUCAGAAGCCUCUGGUUUAUUGCCACACCGGAGACUUUUUUUGUCUUUAGGAGAGGGAGUGCAUAACAGCGUUUCCCUAUAGCGGAUGAAGAGCAGGGAAGAGACACGGGUGUGCCAGGAUAUAUUUUUGCCAAUAAAGAAAUAUUGUUUAUUACAGCUUUUAAAAAUCUGAUCCAAAGUCACAAUCUUUAAAUUAUUAAGGCCAGAUUAUUCCACCCUUCAUAAAUGAGAUUUCCUCACAGACAUGGAAAGCAAUGGCUCUUUUUGGACACUCACAAAGAGAUUCUCCCUCCC